AUGCUUUUCUACCUCCUUCAAACCCUCAACACUGCAUUAUCCGAGGCUGCGAAGCUAACAAGUUUAUUCUCCAAUGGCGGAAAUGGAAACGUGUUUCGAGAUGGGAAGUGGAUUGAAGAAGAUGCAUCUGUUCUUGUUCCCGGUGAUAUCAUCAGUGUUAAACUCGGUGACAUUAUUCCGGCUGAUGCUAGACUCCUCGACGGUGAUCCGCUGAAAAUCGAUCAAUCAGCGUUAACUGGAGAGAUUGAAGCUGUCGUGAUCGCCACCGGUGUUCAUACGUUCUUUGGAAAAGCUGCUCACCUUGUUGAUUCUACAAAUCAACAGGGACAUUUUCAAAAGGUGUUGACUGCCAUUGGUAAUUUCUGUAUAUGUUCCAUUGCGGUCGGAAUGAUAACUGAAAUCAUCGUCAUGUACCCAAUUCAACACCGUGAAUAUCAUCCCGGAAUCGACAAUUUGCUGGUACUACUCAUUGGAGGAAUUCCUAUUGCCAUGCCCACAGUUCUGUCUGUUACAAUGGCAAUCGGGUCUCAUCAUGUUCUCAACCCAUGA